AUGGAAACAGAGGAUGAUUCAUGGGAGAUACAGAACAGAAGUCGUAGAGGUAAAGGGGCGGCUACUGUCGGUUUCAAUCCAGGGGCCACCAAAUUUUUCGUGACCAAUAUCCCUCAAGGCUGCCGUCCGUGGGAUUUGGCCAAUGUGUUUAGAGAUUUCGGGGUGAUUGCGGGUGCGUUUAUUGCCAAGAAGAAAGAUAAGGACGGUAGGAUAUUUGGAUUUGUCAGCUUCAAAGAUGUUAGGGAUGUGGAAGAGCUGAAGAACAACAUUUCUAAAGUUAAAUUGGGGGGCAAUAAGUUGAUGAUUAAUGUGGCUUUAUUUGCGAAAGAGAGCGGGGCUCCCAGGUCUGAUGUAGUGAAUGGGGGGAAAUCUAAGGUGGCGAAUGCUGGGCAUGUGAGAGUUCAGGCGGGAUUUCCUAAGGUUAGUGGAUCAAACCCAGUCAAGAAGGGGGUCUCGUUUCUGGAUAUCCUUACUAAUAAAUCCUAUUCGGAUUGGAACGAGGAUGCGGUGGUCGUUGAUCCGUCUAUUUUUUCCCUGUCAAACCUUUCCGGGAAAGCUGUGGUUGGCCGUAUGCUAGGUUUCGAUGAAUUAAGGUUUCUCAAUUCGCCUCUAAAGGUAGCGGGUUUUGAAGGUGCUUCGCUUCAGUAUUUAGGUGGGCUGUCAGUAUUAAUUUCGUUUGAGGAUGGGGAUGUUACAAAAAGACUGUUAGAGGCGAAAGAGGUCUGGAUUCGUUGGUUCUCUGCGUUAUCCCCGUGGUUAGGACAGUCCUUGCCUUUCGAACGGCUGGCAUGGAUCAACAUUCGCGGUGUACCACCUCAUUUUGUCUCGAGAAGGGUCUUCAAUAUGAUCGGUAGUAGGUAUGGCAAGGUGGUUCAACCUUCUCAGUUCCUCGAAACAAACGGGGAUCUCACGUUUGAUCGUCUGGGGAUUUUAAUUGACACGGGUAAUAAAAUUAAUGGGGUCCUUAACCCUAAGUUGGUAGGAUAA